UCGCGGAGAGAGAGAGAGAAAAAUCCGUGUGACGUGCACCGCUCCGCUGCUGCUGCCGCUGCCUUUCCCCGUGCAAUGUCCGCGAGUUAGUGCUCUCCUGUGAUUUUCCAUCGAAUCGGGAUAAAACAACUCUCACCCUCGCACUCUCUCUCUCUCUCUCUCUCUCUCUCUCUCUCUCUCUCUUCUCUCCGGAUAUCGAACAAGGUCACGCAAGAAGCGCGCGAGGGGCACCUGCAGCCGCGAGAAGAGUCCGGACGAGCGAUUAUUAACAUGAGCUCCUCAUGAAUGCUAGGAGAGUCGGGUGAGUGUUGGAAACGCCGAGUCUCUUUGUGUGUCUAUGUAUGUAUGUACACAUUUCACGUUCGCGAACGCCACGGAGAAGUCGGCCCGCGCGAGUCUCACAGCUGGUGCAGAAUCCUGGCGGUCAGUGGUGCGGUAGCUGCUGAAUUUUCACGCCAAGAGACGGGCGAUAGUCACGGCAUUAUAUAAUUCGCGGAAAAUCGCGAUCCCCGCGGUUGAGACUCGAGAGAGAGAGCGAGAGAGAGAGAGAAAAGUUGUUCCCCCAGCUGGCUUUAUCUCUCGCGCGCUGCUCUAUAUAAGUAUUCCGUAGAUUUUGUACAGACGUUUCUUUGUAAAGGUGCUAUUUUCACAUUAUUAUGAGUAAUCCCUAUCGUGUUCGGCCAACGAGAUCGAGAGUUGACCCCAGUAUUUCUGGAUAUGGAGUUCACAAUCAAAAGCCUUGGAAUCCAGGCCCUGCUCAGAGGCCGCCAAGUGUUGAUCCCAAUGCAGCAUUUCAACCUCCUCCACUUGCCAAUCCAACAAAACAGGUAGAAGAUUCUUGGGACUGGAAUGUUGAUAACGGUAAUGGCAAUGGCAACGACUCCUGGAACUGGAGCAUUGAACAGUCAGAGGCCCAGGCUCAACAGCAUCACCAACAGCAGCCGCAGCAACAGCCACUGCAGAAUCAGUUCAUCCCACCGUAUACAAAUCAAAAGCAAUCCAUUCCACCUCCCAAUCAAGAGAAUUACUACAAGAAUUUGAAUGGGAACAACAAAGCAGCUGGUCCUCCUAUCAACCAGUAUGGUCCUACUAGCAGGGAAAUUCCCAGGACUGCUCCACCAGUCAGAGAACCUACUCCAAAGCAGCCAGAUUCCUUUCCGCAGUACACAAACUACAGUCAUAAUCAGCAAGUGUCUACGCCUCCUCGUCCUAGUUCUAAUACAUCGUAUUCUGGAUCCGUGGAUCAGUCUCAGUGGCACAAUGAGCAGCAUAGCCAGAGUUUGCCAUUUGCACCACCAAGUCAAGUACAUAACCAAAAACCUCCUCAGCAUCAAGCUCAUCCAACUUCACCACCUCAGCAUCAAACUCACCCAACUCCACCACCUCAGCAUCAUACUCACCCAACUCCUCCGCUUUCGCAGCAUCAGAUCCAUCCAAUUCCACCACCUCAGCAACAUGCCCAUCAAACACCUCCACUUUCUCAACAGCCAACCCAUCAAAAUCAUCCGCCUCCUUCCUCUGUAAACAAUUAUAACUGGUCCAAUACCGAUCAGCAGCAGAGUGUUCCCAUGCAUAAUUGGCAGCAGCAAAACCAUGGUGAAAUUCCUGCAUCUAGCUAUUGGCAGGAACCUACUCCUGCGAAACAAGAUCAUUUUUCUGAAAACAGAAGUAACCAAUGGCCACAACAAAGUCAGCAAGCAUCACAUCAAUUUCAGCAAAGAGUCCCUCAUGCCUAUCCAUCUUCCAAUGCUAUUAACAAUGAUCAACCCAAAUUCUAUAACCCUCAUGAAUCAUCGCAAGAAAAUAAACCCGCUCAAAAUUGGCUUCCGCAAAACGCCCUGAUGUCGAAUCAGUGGUCGAAAAACAAUUCCGAAAAUGUCACGAACGUUUUACCUCGACAGCAAUCGCUACCCUCUAACACGUGGUCACAGGCAGAAGAGGCAAACUCGUUACCUUCCUGGCAGCAGGGUGGUACGGGAGGUAACAUUCCAAACAGUCAGUGGAGGCAGCCAAAGCUACAGCCAGGUGGUUCUCUUGAAGAGUCGGCAUUAUCGGAGAAUAACAAGGGCGAUUGGCAUCAGGUUCACGCGCUACCCUCACAUUUCAACUCGUCGACGACUUCGACAACCUCGGGAUCACUGGCGAACAUGUCUAGCAGUACUGAGCAACUGGAGGAUCGGAAGAGAUCUCUUACUCCGACGACUAGUUGUGCGUCACUCAAUGAAUUUCAAACACAAACUUCCAAUGCAAACCAGGUUAAUGCGGAAAAUAGUGCUGCAUCUAAUGUAGAAAGUUUUCAUCCUCAAAGCAAUGUAGACUUAGAUUGGGGCGAAGAAGCAGAGUGGAACACAGUCACCGAAGUAACUAGCAGUAUAAAUAACAUGAGUCUUAAUCCUCAAUAUAAUCAGCACGUUGAAAACGGACCUCCUCGUAAGGACGAGCAGCCAGCAGCUCAUGCCGUCAAUGAUUGGGGUCGUCAACCGAUACCAGGCUUGAAGUCUGAGAAUAUAGAAAAUACAUCUGAAAACGUACCAAUUUUAACUCAAGAGCACAAUAGCGUAGAAAGUCAAGCAGUGGUAUCUCAGGAGCAGUUUGAAACGCACCAAGCAAGUAGUUCUAAAUCUUCGGAAAACGUAGCUCAGGCAGCCAACUACGACCAGUGGUACAAACAAAAUGUUCGCACGCAGCCGGAGAACGAAUUCUUUGGUGGCGACCGCACCCUCGGCGCCGUCAAGCAGUGGCAGCCCGAGCAAAACGUGGAAAACUACGAGAAUAUUCAACAGCCAUCGGAAUUCGUUAAUCUCGAGGUCGUCGCACCUGAACUGCAAGAAAGGGACAUCUACGGAUCUCGAGACUCGAUUAACAAGGAAACAUUGGACAACGAUCAAGGCCUUCGUCAAACGGCAACCCCGAAAGAAACAGUUAUGCGCGAUUUUAGACAAGAAGUUAGUAACGUGGAGGUGCCUACGGUUCAACAGAUACAGCAACCCAUUCUAACCGAACAGGCGCCCGAUAAUUACGAAUUCGCAUCCAACGACAGAAACACUUUUUUGGAGACAGGCGAGUUAACGGAUCCUCAUUCCCAGGAACACGAACCUAUCCCCCCGAGCCAGGAUGAUGAAAACGAUGAGGUGCCAAAUGAUAUACCAUUUUUACGUGAGGUUCCGGGACAGUCUAGCAAUGUUGAUCCACGUCGAAAUGAUCCUACCGGCCAGGAACAGUACACGCUUGGACCACGGAUGUCCGAUCCUCGAAGGAACGACCCAUCGGGCCAGGAACAGCAGCAGCCUGUAGCACCCACUCGCCCUAAUAUACUUGCUGAUAAAAGAGAUGUGCCCUCAGGACAGGAGCGAGUGAAGCCCGUUUCGCAGCCACCUCUGCCACAGCAACGUAACUCUGAUUUGGAGACUGUCGAGCGGCGUAAUGAUCCGUCAGGUCGUGAACGUUCACUGCCACCGCCUCAGCAAUCGCGUAACGAGCCUUCAGGUGAAGAGCAACGAACCGCAUCGAUCGUGUCGCAGUCAAAUCAACUAGAGCCUGGAGCAGUAAGAGAAAUACCUGGAAGAGGCAAUGAGCCAGAGGAGACUAUCCAGCAGCCUAACAGCGACAUUAGACAGAUACCUGGUGGAGCUUCCUCUAACGAGUCCGUACAAAUUAUGCCCGAUGACAGGACUACUGGGGUCGCUAGAGUUGUCACUGGACUGCAGCAGUCUAAUAUUUCAAGUUCUUUGAGUGUAGCACAAGACUCGUCGAGCGAUAACAGAAGUAAGAGAGAAGAAGCUGUUGGCGCUUCUGUGGCUGAAAGUCAAGUCGGAUCUGGUCCACCGAAUCGUAGAGAUUCAUAUGAGGACGGCGAUGACGAAGGCUCGGGCAAUAGUCGCGAAGGCAGUAGGGACAGACGCAGAGACUCUAGUCCUAAACCAAGGCACCCUCGGUAUGAUUAUAGCAGAAAGGCGGCAUACUACGACCGUGAGCGUGAUUUCGACGAUGAUUAUUACUAUGAUCGCCGACGUGGUCCCGAUUACGCGUAUAAUUCUCGCGAGGAUCUAGACAGACGAGAUACUUCAUACAGAGAUGAUGAUAGGCGUCUUACCAGCCGUGAUAUAGAGACGGAGCGUCUUCUUGUUCGAGAUGAACUAAACAGAAGAGAGGAGAUCGAUGACAGAGAAGGCAGAAGGAGAUUGGACGAUCGCCGACAUGAUAGGUCUGCCGAUCCUAGACGUCUAGACAGAGAACCAAGAGAAUUUGAUUCACGAUAUCCAAGAGAUCCAAGAGAUCCAAGAGAUCCAAGAGAUCCAAGAGAUCCCAGAGAUCCAAGAGAUCGCGAUUACCUUGAUCGCGAUCGCGGCAGGAGGCGUGAAGAUCCAAGAAGACCCAGGAGAUAUCCGGAUUAUGAUCCGCGCGAUAAUCGUGACCAGCGCGAUCCACGAGAAGCUUUUAGGAGAGAUUACUAUGAUGAUCCUUAUGCAAGAAAUUCCCGGCCGUCUAGCAGAUCGUCAUACAAUGAUAGAGAAAGAGAUUUCUAUGUGCGAUCGAGAGACCCGUAUUCAUCUUAUGGUUACAAUAGCUAUCAAGGAUAUGAUUAUGGAUCAAAUUAUAACAGCAAUUACUAUGCAUAUCUUGAGAAUCUACGUAGAACCGAUCCUGCAGCUUAUGCUGAAUGGUAUCAUAAAUACUACCAGCAACAACAGCAACUCACAAGAGGAGUUACAGCCACUUAUCCCGAGGAUAGAGCUAGUGUCCACUCUGGACGAAGUUCCUGCGAUGACAGAGUGUUUACGAAUGCAAAUAUUUACUUCCGUACGCCAAAUAAAGCGUUAUACGUUCCGUGCAUUGGCUGUUCUGGAUGGUCCAAAAGCCCUUUGCGGAGGCGAAAUAUGUUCUGUCGAAAUCCCACUAGGAAUUCUAGUGAUAAACGAAAUUUGACAGAUGUGUCUUUAAUGGAAGAUCAAACUACGGCUUCUUCAAGGUUGACUCCAACUAAAUUCUCAACAGCUCAUACAAAAGGGUCGUUUUCAAUUGGUUCAAUAUUGCAUGUUCAUGCAAGUUAUCCAACUGAUGGAGAAAGAGCUAGAGUGGACAUUUUGAAAGUAGAUAAUCUUAUACCGCAGGAUGCAACUCUACGUGAGCUCCGUUACUACCCCGGACCGCUGAUAAAAGGUGUCACGCAUAAGAGGACUAUCAUCGAAUACUGUGAAAAUAAAAUUAAGAAAGCUUCCACGAACGAAGAUAUUUUCGAAGUUUCAUCCUAUGUUCUUUUAUACGAAUUGAUGAUUAUGUUAAUACAGCAAAAUGGGAACGUCGUUGGUGUGGAUAUUGCUUCCCUUUUGUUAAGAAACAAAGAGGCUUAUCCUUAUGACGUAAGCAAGCCUCCAAAAGAAAAUAUUCGAAGAGAAUCCACCAUAUCGCAGAGAUCUGGUGCAUCUGGUGGUGAUAGGAGCACCGCUGAAGCUGUGCAGUUGCAUGAAAAAGAGGAGCAGCUCAAGUCUCGCAAAACAGUGGAGCAAUUAACCGACGAAUUUAGAAAUACUUUAUUGUAUGGCUUGGUUCAGGAAGCCUUGGAAUUUGCAAUGGUCGAGGGUCUUUGGGGACACGCCCUCUUCUUGGCAAGUAAAUUAGACAAACGCACUCAUGCGUCGGUAAUGGCACGUUUUGCUAAUAGCUUGCCGCCUCAAGAUCCGUUACAGACAUUGUAUCAGCUACACUCAGGCCGUGUUCCUGCAAGCGUAACUUGUGUUUCCGAUUCAAAAUGGGACGACUGGAGACCUCAUCUAGCCAUGAUCAUCUCUAACACAUCAACUAAUCCAGAAAUCAAUCGCCGUUCUGUCUCAAAUCUCGGAGAUACUCUUGCCGCUCGUGGUGACAUUUACGCUGCGCAUUUCUGCUACAUUUUAUCUCAGGCUGAUUUUGGAUCUUACGGCUCAGGCAACAACGUCAAGCUGGUUCUCAUUGGAGCUAACCACCACAAACCUUACUCUGAGUUCUUAAGCACGGAGGCGAUAAUGCUUACAGAGAUCUAUGAAUACGCCCAGAAACUUAGCGGCAGUGAGUCGUUCACUUUGGUUGAGCUGCAAACAUUUAAAUUCAACAUGGCUGUACGAAUGGUGGACUAUGGCUUGAUCGAGAAAGCCUUACUUUAUAUCGAGCAAGUGUCCACGAACAUAGUUAGUGAGCCCGAGAAGUAUAAGCAGUCCUUUAUCAACGACGUUUACGUUCUUGGUGAUCGACUCAAGUACCAUGAUCCAAUCUGCAAGGACUCGGAAGAGGAUGUGGCGAAUUUAGUGUGGUUGAAUAAUCUGGCCGAGAUCGUUGGCAAGUGUGCGAAAGGCGAGAUUGUCCAAGAGAAUAACUAUUACGCUCCGGCUCCCCUAACGGUAGAUACGACAAUGGAUCCCCCCGGAAAUCAGAACAAGUGGGGUAUGCAGAAUGAAUAUAAUACAGAAAAUAUCGCCUCCACGCUGAUGACAGUGCCGGACCAGGACAACUACAACAUGCCAAACUCCGCCAAUGUUCAAGAAGCUUAUGGUCACUCAACCGACAACGAGGUUCAGUACAAUGAUAAUGCGAUGAACGUGAGCCAACAGCAGCAGCAGUACUAUCAGUCCUAUCAGCAGCAGGAUUACUGGGCGACGCAGCAGCAACAACAGCAUCAGUCCUACGAUCAGCAGGACUACACGUCUAUGGAGUACUCGCAGGCGAAUGUCCAAUACGGUGGAGAGCAGCCAACUGUCGAAGAAAUCCAGAACAAGUGGGCUUAUGAGUCGGAAAAAGCGCCGGAAGAGAAGGCUCCAGCGACGGAGAGCAAGGCGAGCGGCGCAGCCGAACAUCAGCAGCAGCAGCAACAGCAGCAACCGAUGGGCAACAUCUCCAUGGGUCCUAGUGGCGGUAAACAGUACGACCCUCUGGAGGAGCUUGAACAGCUGGAACCAUCGAAGUUGGGCUCUAACAAACCUGCCGCUGAAGCCAAGAAGCCUCAAGAAAAGACGGACAACAAAAAGCAGGCCAACGGCGGGGGUUCGUGGUUUGGGGGACUGUUCAGCAAACUGGCGCCAAAGCCUAAGAAUCAGAUGAUUCUGCCGGAUGACAGCAACCCAGCGAUCGUUUGGGACCCAGUAGCGAAGAAAUGGACGAACAAGGAGGAAGAGGAUGGUGGCGGUGCGGCACCAUUGGCUCCACCACCAAAAAUGUCGGAGCUAACUGGCUUCAAACCAGCUGCUCAGACUCCCGCAGCAAUCCCACAAAAUACGCCCGCGGGUCCACCUUCCCUGGGUGGUGAAGCCCCUGCCAACCCAGCCGAGGAGACGCUUGGUGGUCUGAACGCCUCGAAGAUGAUAGCCGGCGGUGGUGGAAACAUGUACAAGCUAGCGAAAAACCGCAGCACGCGCGCAAAAUACAUAGACGUGAUGAAUCCAGGCGGAAACAAGGCUGGCGGCCCUGGUGCUGCUCCACCUCCAGCACCGCUGGCCGUGCCGACACCCGUCGGAUCACCAGCCAUGCCCAUGGCUGCCUCUUCACCGCAAUACUUCAUGCCUGCACCUGUUAACGAUCCGAAUGCACCUGUCAACUUUUUAACUCCGUUGUCGAACGCUGCCCCGCAGACGAAUGAAAACUCGCAAGCGCUCUCGCGCUGGAGCUCGACCAGCUCGCUAUCACGAGAGGUUCAGAGCUAUACAAUGAGGGAUCCGCGGCUUCUCCAGCGGGACAAGCGCAAAAGUUCACUUCGACAAUCUAAUCUUUCGAAACUCCAUCCAGGGACCAAUGAUGUACAAUCCCGUGAACUUGAAGGAUCGAUCGCAGAAGACUACUCAGGCCCGCAGCAGAUAUCCGCCGCGAUAAGUGGCUAACGGAUCGAAGAGGAAUCAGCUGUUCCGGAGAAGUACACACAACGCGUAAAAGCUCACUGCCGCCGGAAAGAAUCGCGCGCGAUUCCGAUGGUGUCCGAGACUGCGUGCGAGAUGACAUUUUUUACGUAGGCGAGGCGCUAUAUAUAAAUAUUUCAUUACUAUUAUUAUAUAGAGUAGAUAGUAAGUGUAGAUAGGCGGGGACGUACGUUUCCUUCGUUGAAGUGCAAAUACUUUGUCGGAUUGUUGAUGAAAUACUGGAAGGGACCUUUUAAUCUCGUGUAUAAUGUUUUUUUCUGUGUCCUGCAUUUUUCUGCUUAUUUUUUUUAAACGCGUGUUCAAUUCAGCGACGUUACAAAUGCGUCGCGAGUGUGAUUCCGGGUUGUUUAUUUGUCUUUUCUUUCUCUGUAUCGUCUUUUUUUUUGCUCGUCUUCUCAUUCUUCAUUCCUGUUAACCGAUAGUACAAUUACAUAUAUUUUUUGUUUCUUUCUUAUGCAUAUAUACUUGAACUGUAUGUGUUGGUAUAAAAAGACGUGCGCGCAUUCACGCAAACCUACACAUAUACUAAAAUAUACAUGUGAUGGGGAGGGAGCGCGACGACAUCGGUGUUAUCGUAAUCAUUAGAUAGAAUAUUGAUAAUGCGAGGGAGAGGUGCCGAACGAAUCCAUAAUAUCGAUUAUAUCGAGGCAUACGCAUUAAGGUGUCACAGAUUUGUUAUAUAUUCGAAACGCGGCUUGGACGCGGACUUAUAUUGCGUGUGAAAGUCUGAUUUUAUAUAUAUACGAUGACCGGUCUGAGGAGCAAAUCACCGUCGAUUCCAUUAUAUGAUGUAGUAGUGAGAUGAAUAGUUGUCGAUUUGACUGAUGCGGAUUGCCCUGUGGUGCAUAGUGACUAUGAUUUGUUGGAGAAAUUGAAAUGCUCAGGAGAGUCAAAACCUUCAAAGAUUUUUUUUCGGUUAGUACAAUAAAGUAAGCAGAUGUAAUGGGUGAUCGCUUGUAUUACAUAACAUUCUAUACGGUCGGUAACAUCUGACUUUCACAUCCUUCUAUAAAUUCCAUUGAUUCGAGAAUCAAAAAUAUUGGCAUUACGUUUGCAUUACAGUUAUAUAAUCUUAGUUUGUAGUCUGGAUAACUUUGUAUACGUCAUCACGUUGACAAAUUUCUUUCUAAGGUACACUGGUUAUUUGUGUGACGCAAAGUGAGCAAACUCGUUGCACUAAUGCGAGUAUAUAGAAUCACGAUUCGUUCGGAAAAUACGUCACUGACAAUCACGUACUUUUUGAACGACCGAAAAUAUUGUUUUUAUGGCGAUUUACUACAUAAAUCGGAACUUUAUCGUCUCCACAUAUAUUACUUUCAUAAUAGUCUUAGGCAAAAUGAAUAAGAACAGUCUUAUUUGAAAAUUGUUAUUAUUCCACUUAUUAUUUUCGAUAUUAUUGUACAAUUUAUAUAGUUACUUUGAGUGAUCUAUUUGACAUAAUAAUGUACAUGCGAAUGAAAACACUUGCGAGGAGGUUAUACUUUAUGGGAAUUGAGAACUUUAUAUGUAUAUUAGCGAGAUAAAUAUGAGAGCGAGAGAGCAAGAGAGUGAGAAUAUGGAAUCUACAACAUUCAUUGUCCUUUUGGUUACUUGAAGUUUUAUUUUAUUAUCAUCACUUUACAUGCAUAGGAUAUAACGGAACAUCAUUGUAAAUAAAUAAGUAGAUAGAUUUCCUUGCAACUUUCUUGGCAUAAUCGAGCGAUUAAACAUCUAUAAAGUAAUGGACAGCAUUAUAUAGACAACUUGUUACUCGAUUUUGAUGAAGAAACUUUUUGAUAUAACAUAGGUAUUUCAAAAAAUAAUUGAGAGAGCGAGUUUUUUUAGAGUUUGACUUUGGGUAAAAACUAGGUUGCAGAAGAAUUAGAAACAGUUACGUUACAUUAUGUGUUUAAAUAUUUCUUUGGCGCACUUACCGUCACUUUUUUGUCUUGUUAAAUUGCGUGUAGAAUUGUAAAUAUAGCGAAGAUAUAAAUUUUUAAAAGAACACUGUGAGGUCUAAAAAUUGGCUUUUUAAUUAUCAUUCAAUAUGGAUUGAUUGUUCACAAUUUAUUUAAUAAUCUUUGUGCAGUAAUGAAUAAAUAUAUAUACAUAAAAAUAUCAAUGAAAGAAAUAUAAAAGAUGAAUUUUUUAGGCGCGUCAUUAGCUGUGCAAAGUAAUUGCAUAAUAUCGUCAUUUAAUCUCGUAUUGUUUAUUACUCUCAAAGCUGAAUGUAAAUGAGAUUGGCGACCGUUGCAGGCGGUCUUGGCGCAAAGACGGAACUGUAUUCAAUAUAGAAAAGCUGAAAACCAUAGGAGAAAUGCAAUCGUUCUGCACGAGCUCCGUCAAGAAGCUCGAGUUGUAUAAGUGAUAUAUAGGAAAGAGUCAAGAAAGAUAAAAACAGAUCAUUCUGGUGUUGCGUGACGUUAAAGUUGAUCUGAAGUAUUAUAUUGAACUGUAUGUUAUGUAUAGGGAUGGUUUUAUAUAAGCGAUAUACUUCGGCUUGAGAUGUAUCAUAUAUUAUACAGGAUGUUACGAAUAAACAAUGGAAUAGUCGACUGUGCCCGUGGCGGAGCAACGCUCGCAGGCACGAUUCGGCCGAGAGUCGCGAGCAUCAGUUAUUAUAACUAUCUGUACGAUUCCUGAAUAAAAGCUAAAUUAAAGAGAUAUAAA